AGAGAGCAUCUAGUGAAGCUGAGGAGUCAGAGUCGCGGUGCAGCAGAGCUCAUGUUCUCUCGAUAGCGCACAAACUUUCCAGCCAUGCACUUCCGUCCACUUCUGUCUGGAUUUUUAUCUUUAUGUGAGUGAGAUGUUGCCAAAUGUGAUCAUUUUGAUGUGCAUCCUGGGUCUUCAGUUGCGGCACUGUGCGGCUGAUCUAUGCAACUGGACUGGAAGCGGUUUUGCAGCUGCUGUGGACUCCCGCGUUGUCCUCCAGGUGCGGCUGCGCUGCACAGAAGGCUCGGUGAGGUGGAUAUACCCAGGCCAGGCUCUCCGGGUGGUCCUGGAGCCCAACCUGUCCUCCGCCCGGCGCACCACCGUCUGCAUCAAACCCUCUCCCUCCUUCCGCGGAGCCAGCGUGUUCAUUGAACGGGCCGGGGAGCUGGAGCUGCUGGUGACGGAGGGCGCGAGGCCCGAGCAGCAGGUGUUCUGUUUCCGGGCAGACGGUCCGCACAGGCCCGCUAUCUACCUCCAGGCCAGCCCGCAGAGUGAUGGAGCCUGGAGCAGACGCACGAUGGGCUUCAGAUAUGAGCUGCUGGGGAACCGGAGUGCUGCACCCAUGGGCCACAGCGGGCUUCAGACUUCAUGCCAACCCUGCAAUGAUACAGAACUCCUCAUGGCCAUCUGCAACAGUGACUUUGUGGUCCGAGGCUACAUCAAAAAUGUCACCCACAACUCUGAACGCCAGACGUCGUUGGUGGAGGUGGCAGCUGUGAGGGUGUACUGGCAGCGCAGUGGAGUGUUUGAGCAACAAGCGGCUGCCCCUGGGUCACCUCGGUCAGUCCCGUCUUGGCGUGGACACAUCCAUACGCUCCUGCAGUGCCACGUGAAGCCUGGGGACGGAGAGUUUCUCUUCACAGGGUCAGAACACUUUGGGGAAGCUUGGUUAGGGUGUGCCCCACGAUACAAAGACUUCCUGUCCGUCUACCAGACUGCCUGGGCAGCGCGUCGGAAUUCCUGUGACUUUCCUUUAGACUGAGGAAGUGUGUUGUUUUAGCACUAUACUGAGCCCGGCCAGUCUUUAUCCACAGGCCUCCUCACCCCUGGCGCUGUGGGAGACCCUGUAAUGUUGUCAUGUGCCAGCAAGGUGGCAUCCAGCAUCACCAGCAGGGACGAAGCUAUUAAACUGCUGGUAGAAAACACAUUUGGAGGAGCAAAGCAGGGGCAAACAGCAGGGCCUCCUGCACUGAGGCUCAGAGAGGGCCGGCCUUUGUCUCCCUCCCAUCACUGCCUUCAGUCCUGGGAGACUGAGAAGGGGUUGGGUUGCUGCUUUCUCUUUGUGCUUCUCCCCACAUCAACCGUUGUUCACUUUACUGGCUCUGUGUGACAAUUGCCCCCUGAACUAAGGUGGGAGGGAAGGCUGAAGCGCAGCCAUUCAUUAUGCCCAGUUUGUCCAAGUGAAUAGGCUUAAACGUAUGAGUGAAGUUACUUUUAUUCAGAUUCAUCUGUGCUUAAAGGUGCAAUGUGUAAGACUUAGCCAGAAUUUUAGUUUAAAACAUUCAAAAACUGAACUAAUAUUUUUAAGAAGAAGAAGAAGUAACAGUUUAGAUGUUAAAUCAAAGACAUCUUUUAUUGUGUUGCAGAGAUAUCAGUGAAAUUAGCAUGCUAACCAGCUAGCCAUAGCCUGUCCUCUCUUGUAAUACCACUUGUAUCUCGAGAGGUGAUAAUGGGGCAGGGUAGCGUCCUUGUCUGCUCUCAGUCCGAUAUGGGAGGACAGAAAAGUCAAGUCCAGUAUUAUGAUACGUUCAAUUUGCACUGGGAAGGUGGAAUGUUUAAGUUCCCAAAUGGGAAGUUCAAUUGGAAGUUCUCAAAAUCCAAGAUGGCUAUUUGCACAUCAUCAGUAGUCUUCGUUGUGUCUCAUUAAAACAGUCAUUCACACUUUACGGUCCAAAUAUAAUUGUCGACAUGUUGCUGUGGUGUUCAUAUGUGCAAAAGGCAGCGUAAUCCAUUUACUCUGCUACAACUGGUAUAUUAAUAACAUCUUGAUGUCAUUCCCUGCUUCCACCUCCAGCUUCCAAGGUAAAUGGAACACAGCAGAGGUUUUUGUUGUUUUGAGAUACCUGCAAUCUCUCCCAACAUAAAGUUCAACCAUCUUUCUAUAUCCUUAACUUCCUCCUUUGUAAUUGGAAAAGCCGUCUUUGGUCCCAUUUUGUUUGUUCAGUGCAAUGUGUAUGUGGUUGACCCAUAGACCCAUAUAGAGAUGGACAACAUGACAACUCCCUAAAAGUGAAGCCAAAACAUUUCAAUCGCCCCCUGGUGGCUGGCUGCAGUAUAAGUCAUAGAUCCCGCUGCCUCCAUGGUAGUGGAUGGGAUGUGGGUGAAACUAAAGAAUCAAAGUACAUGUACUGUAGAGUAGAUUUUUCCCAGAGAUGGUUUGUGUCAUUUUGGGCAGUUCUUAUCACGCUGAUGUUUGUUCAAGUGUUUGUUUUUCUGAUGAGAUUUCACAGUUGCUACCAACAUCAACACAGCUGGGCGCCGAGAACAGCCCAGCCAACCAAGCCAGGCCCAGCUGGCCAGCAGGCUCACCAGCCCCGUUUGGCCAAGGUCUGUACUCACUAUUCAGGCAAGAGCAAGAAUAUGUCUCACUUCAGACAAUCUGACAUCAGGAGUCCCUGAUGCUGGUGUGGUUAGGUCAGCCACUUCAGGCCAGUGUGCAGCCAAGCUAAGCUAGCUACCAUUCGUAGCUCGUUCAAGUCCAUAAUCUUAAAUUGUUUUCUCAAUCCAGGCAUUGAUCAAAGCCAAAAUAUGUAGUGUCUCAAACAAUACAAGGUUUGAGGUCUGAAACCUAAAAUCUAUUGUUUUUAGGCAAACACUGCUGAAAACUGGAGAGACACUCUAUGCACAGACAGUGCAACUAAUGACAACAUAGACUGUACUGAAAAACAUUCAGGAUGGUGUCGAUAUAUUUGAUGUGGCUGUUUUCUUGCUACUAUGGACUAAGUUUGGUGUAUAUAGCCAGUCAUUACACACUGCACCUUUAAGUUUCAAAUCCUCUUUGUUUUGUCUAUUUAUGUGUUGUGCUCUGUAUAUUACCUUUUACUUAAGGAUUAUUGUCUUUAUAAUGCAAAAUAAA